UUGGAGGAUUUGGUUGAAAAGAAACGAAAGGAGAAUUAACUAGGCAGUUGGUGUUAUAAGCUGUAAGCGAUCGGUUCGGAAAUAAAAGUGUAUCGGAGUCUGAAGUAUUGUUUGGAGUGAUUUAUAGCGAUACCGAAGAUGGCAUUCGAAGGCAAACAAUUUCCGUUGGAUCCUUUUAACGAUGCGGUCGACACGCAAGAUUUGAGACGUGAGUGGGAGGAAUGGCACAGAGCCUUUGAAUUGACAUUGGAACUUCGUAAUGCCGAGUUUCAGCAUGAAAAGUUAGUACUGCUGCUAGCAUGUGGUGGCCGAGGCCUGCAACGUAUAUUUUAUAACCUUAGGCCGUCAUCGGAUGAGUUUUAUCCCGAACCUGUAAAAGUGCCAUUGAUGCCCAUUGAAAUCCCUGAGUACGAUAACGCAAUAAAAAGACUUAACAAGUUUUUUAUUGGCAAACGAAACGAACGGAUCGAACUGGAAGUAUUUCGAUCUAUGAAACAGACAGCGGAUGAAACGUUUAAUCAAUUCCUUCUAAGACUACGAGGACAGGCAGCUAGAUGCGAUUUUUUCGAUCGCGAAGAAAAAGAGAUAAUGCAGCAGGUCACUAUGGGCGCUCGGGAUGAAAGAGUUCGCGAUAAAGGACUUGAGGAUGUCAUGGAUCUCGACGAGUUAAUCACUUACGCUAUCAACCGCGAAAUCCUUAUCAAGCAAAAAGGAAAAACAAGGUCGUUUUCAGAUGAGCUGUCAGGAACGUCUGUAGCAUCAGUAAAUCAGAAUUGGAGUAAGCGGCCGAGAUACAACGAUGUAAAUCAUGGCAAAUACGGAUCAAAGAUGGAUAUCGGUAACCGUCGUAGUGCGGGUGAGCGAAACCAGCCGGAGUGCAAUCGGUGUGGGUCAUUUCGCCACAAGGCAGACUCACAAAAUUGCUACGCACGCAGCGCACGGUGCAACGGAUGUGGCAUUCUUGGACACUAUGCGAGGAAAUGCAGGAAUAUGAGCAAGGUUCGCGGAGGUGAUACUCGUUACAAACGAAACCGUCCAAGUGGUGAGAUGAAUGCUGUUCGCCAGGACGAAGAAUGGAAGGAAGAAAUGUCAUUGCAAACGGAUAUGGAGCCGAAUUCGAAGGUAGCUUGUUAUAAAUAACGUCGCAUAAAAUCGUUUGAAUGGUUUCCAUGAAUAA